AUGGGCAAUCCUCAUCCUAACCCGGCUCCUGCCUGGCUUUCUGAGAAGAGCUGGGCCGAAAUUGUCAGAGCCAACGACCUGCCUAGCCUGAACGGCUUCCAAAAGUCUGUAACUACGAGGACCAACGAGUGGAAGGCUAUUUACGACAACAGCGCUCCACAGAAUAUGACCUUCCCCGAGCCCUUCAGUAAGACCCGUGGAUUGGAUCGUCUGGUGAUUCUUCGUUGCCUCCGACCCGACAAGAUUGUACCGGCGGUUCAGGUGAGAAGUCACAGAAUCCGAUGGCAAUAA